AAAACAUUUUAAAUUUCUUCACAAAUAUACUCGACUUGAGUUUAGAAAAGAUCCGAGAGUUAAAAGAAUCAAAGACAUGUCCCAUAGUACUACAGAACUAAUCUCCCACCAUCUUACGAAUCAAAAUUCAUCAGAAAACAUAUUAUUGAACCAAAUAUUUGUAUUUUAUGAUUGUUCAAAUUAAACUCCAUCAGCAUUAGUCAUGAAAGAUGGUAAAAGUGCACCUAGUUUUGGAAAACAACUUAGAAUUGAAGAAAAGGGCAACCAAUAAGAGUGAAAGGCCGUUGCGAGUUAAAAAACUGCAGAGAUCACAUGCGAUGUAAAGAUGUCUAUGAAAGCAACCAUCCAUGGUCUGAGUACUUGUUCAUUUUCUCAAUGCCUUCCAACUCUAACCGUAUUUAACUGUUUUUCAUUAUUUUAUUAGGUAAAUACCAAUUCAACUCUUUCUCUAUAUAUAUGCAACCAAAGUUAGCAUCACCCCCACACAAAAAAGAUACAUAUAUAGUAGCAAAAACGAAGUGAACAUUUCUGAGAUGGAGAUGGAGAUACCCGUGAUCGAUUUCAGCAAGCUCAAGAGCGAGAAGAGAGGCCAAACCAUGGCGCUCCUGCACGAGGCUUGUCAGAAAUGGGGAUUUUUUAUGAUCGAGAAUCACGACGUCGAUACGGAGCUGAUGGAGAAGGUGAAGGCGCUGACCAAGGCUCACUACGACCACUACAUGAAGCCCGGCUUCCUCGACUCAGACGCCGCCAAGAGCCUCUCCGCCAACGAGUACGUUCCGGACAUGGACUGGGAGAGCACCUUCUUCAUCUGCCACCGCCCUGACAACACCAUCAACGACAUCGCCGCCCUCUCCCAACACCUCAGGCAGUCGAUGGACAAGUACAUCGACCAGGUGAUCGCGCUGGCCGAGAAGUUGUCAGAGCUGAUGUGUGAGAAUCUCGGGAUCAGCAGGGCCCACAUGAUGGAGGCGUUCGCCGGGAGCCGGGGCCCCUCUGUGGGGACCAAGGUGGCGAUGUAUCCCGAGUGCCCGCACCCGGAGCUCAUGAGAGGCCUCAGAGAGCACACGGACGCGGGCGGGAUCAUACUUCUGCUCCAGGACGACCAGGUCCCGGGGCUGGAGUUCUUGAAAGGCGGGGAAUGGGUGAAAAUCCCGCCUUCCAAGAACAACCGGAUAUUCGUCAACAUCGGGGACCAGGUGGAGAUAGUGAGCAACGGGGUGUACAAGAGCGCGGUGCACAGAGUGAUGGCCAUGAAGGAGGGCAACCGCAUCUCCGUCGCCACAUUCUACAACCCCGGUGGAGACGCCGUCAUUUCUCCGGCUGCCGAGCUCCUGCUUCCGAGGGAUAUUCAGUUCAAGGAUUAUCUCAAGCUCUACACCAAGACGAAAUUCGGGGACAAAGCCAUCCGCUUUCAGUCCCUUAAAACGUCUAUGGCGGCGACUGAGAAUUGAAGCUGCUCACAAAUGCUUCCUUAGAAGUGGCAUGCAUGUUUGAGUAUGCAUAAAGUGUGGAGUCUUGAGAUCAUAUAUCAACAAAAUUUCUAUUCUUCACUUGUUAAUGUAGUGGAAUGAGUGUCACAAUCUUAACAUCAAGGUUAAUUUUCUAUUCAAGAAUGCUUUGCUCAA